AGUGAGCGUCAUGCCUGAACCCGCGAAGUCCGCGCCCAAAAAGGGCUCAAAGAAGGCCGUCACUAAGACCGCCGGUAAAGGAGGAAAGAAGCGCAGAAAGUCCAGGAAGGAGAGCUAUGCUAUCUACGUGUAUAAAGUGCUGAAGCAGGUUCAUCCUGACACCGGGAUCUCUUCUAAGGCGAUGGGCAUCAUGAACUCUUUCGUCAACGACAUCUUCGAGCGCAUCGCCGGUGAAUCGUCUCGUCUCGCUCACUACAACAAGCGCUCCACCAUCACAUCGAGAGAGAUCCAGACCGCCGUGCGUCUGCUGCUGCCCGGGGAACUGGCCAAACACGCCGUGUCUGAGGGCACCAAGGCUGUCACCAAAUACACCAGCUCGAAGUAAAGAUCGUCUGAUCUGAUCAGCGAC